CGCACAUUCAAUAUUGCUUCUAUCACUGUACUGUUAUCAGUGCCAAACGUCAGAAGCUACCCAGCAGCCGAAAAUGUAAUCGCGCUAAGUAUCAAAACUUCACUGUCGACAGUCGAAAAGCAUCGUGGACGGUUCCUAAAUCGUAAUAUUUGAAAACAGAUAAAGGCGUAAGAAAGUGAAAAAUUAUCGUAUUAUUGGUUCGCCAAAGUCCGGUUACUUGUUCUGUGUAUAUCAUCUUUUGAAUUUUUCGCAAACAAGGUCAUUUUUGUUUUUUUCUUGUGACUACUUAAAGUGAAUGUGAUUGUGUGAUUGUGGAUUUCUCGUGUUUCUGUGGAUUCGACUACCGCAACAGUUCAUCUCGACGCGUAAAAGUGGAAAUGUUGUCGCGUAGUGUGCUCUGUGCAACCAGGUUACGAUCGAAAUCGAUACCAAGGCGAAUAUUACUUGCUCAAAAUGGGUUCCAUCUUCACGACAGAGCAAGUAGCUAUGAUUACCAGAAGUUUUCGUCGGGUAACGAACCACCAAAAAAUAGAUACAGUGCCCUUACGUCCACUGCGAUUUUGAUUGGUGGUUCCCUGGUAACAUACUGGAUCGUAAAAUAUUUAAAGAAAGAUUCCAACAAUGUGUUCACAAUACCAGCCACACAUUCGAAAAAACCGUCGGACCAAACGCAGGAUAUCCGCAAUGCACACAACAAACUACGUAAGGACCUCCCGGUGUUCACCUUGGAGGAAAUUGGCAAACACAACUCACUGCAAGCUGGCAUUUGGGUAACGUACGGCAUUGGUGUGUACGAUAUUACUUCGUUUGUUCCGAAACAUCCGGGAAGCGACAAAGUAAUGCUUGCAGCAGGUAGUGCGAUCGAUCCGUUCUGGCACAUUUACCAGCAGCACAACACCGAACAAAUUCUCAAGCUGCUGGAGUCAUUCCGAAUCGGAAACUUGAAGAAAGAGGACGUUGUUGGUACCCAAGAUCAAGGCAAUCCAUGGGCAGCUGAACCGAAACGGCACCCCAUCCUGAAGCCGGCCGCGCAAAAACCAUUCAAUGCGGAACCUCCACCAUCGGUGUUGGUCGACAGUUUCCUGACUCCGAAUGAGUUUUUCUACGUGAGAAAUCAUCUGCCGGUUCCAGAGGUAGAUAUCAACGAAUAUGAACUUAACGUUGAAAUAGAACUAAAUGGUAAGAGUAAAACUCUUAAAUUCGAGGAUUUGAAAAAGUUCCCAAAACAUAGCGUAACGGCCACGAUCAUGUGUGGAGGUAAUCGCCGAGGAGAAAUGAUGAAAAUUAAUCCCAUUAAAGGUCUUCCUUGGGGACCCUCUGCAGUUGGUAAUGCCAAAUGGAGUGGUGUCCGACUAGCAGAUCUGCUGAGAGAAAUGGGUGUUGAGUCGGAUGAGAACAGUCAUGUACACUUUGAAGGAUUAGACACCGAUCCUACAUACACACCGUACGCAGCGUCAAUUCCACUGUCGAAGGCGAUUGACCCUCGUGGAGACGUGUUGUUAGCAUACGAAAUGAAUGAUCAGCCUUUGAAUCGAGAUCAUGGAUAUCCUGUCAGAGUAAUCGUACCAGGUGUCGUAGGUGCUCGGAACGUUAAAUGGUUAGGCAGAAUCGUAGUCUCCAAAGUAGAAUCGGAUUCACACUGGCAGAGAAAUGACUACAAGUCGUUCAGUCCAAGUACCGAUUGGGAUACGGUUGAUUUUGAUACGGCACCCGCGAUUCAGAACAUGCCGGUUACAUCCGCUAUCUGUAGUCCGGCGGAUGGCGAACAGGUGAAAUCUCAUAACGGGUACGUCACGGUCAAGGGGUACGCUUGGUCCGGCGGUGGUCAAAAAGUUAUUCGUGUGGAUGUGACGGUUGAUGGAGGCAACAGUUGGAUAGUGGCUGAAUUGGACAAAGUUGAGAACGACACCGGAAGAGGUCGACACUGGUCUUGGUCCUUGUGGAAGGUGAAAAUUCCCGCUAAACCAGGCCAAAAACUGGAAAUCUGGGCCAAAGCUGUUGACGAUAACUACAAUUUACAACCGGAAUCAUUUAAAAAUAUUUGGAACCUAAGAGGAGUGGUCGGUAAUGCUUACAGCCGCGUCAAGGUUGAUGUUAAAUGAGUUCAAUCGUUUAGUUAUUAGGUUGUGAAAAAAAGAGAUAAUAAAUUGUUUUAGUACCGAAGACAUCUUCAA